AUGUACUGCGUCUUCUUCAUUCAAUCUUCAGCGUCUUCUUCAGAUCAAUCAGUUGUUGAUGUAAAUGAGGAAUCAGAAAAAUCUGAGCUAAAUGUCAUUCCUAAUCCUCUUACGCACAAUAAUACAAAUAAUUUUAUAGAUCCAGCAGAUUGGACAAAUAGUAAUAUAUGUCGUAAUUAUAUUGCAAAAUUUGGAUAUGAUCAGAACAUUGAUCCAGAUUUUACCUCAUCAAAACGAACUUAUUCUGAUUAUGAUCGUUAUUGUAGUAAAUCAAUCUUUACGAAAAAUCGCAAAAACGGAGAAAAUGUUUCACGGAAAUGGCUUGUUUAUUCAAUUUCAAAAUUUGUAUUAUUUUGUGCUCCAUGCAAAUUAUUUGGAUGCAGUACUCAACUGGGAGAUGCUGGAUUUAAUGAUUGGAAAAAUGGACAUUUAGUUAUUUCCAGGCACGAAAAUUCUUUGGCACAUAAAAAUAAUACAUUAAGUUUUAUUACAUUACAAAGUGAUGUAGGUAGAAUCGACACUCAAUUGGCAACACAAGUGACUGAUGAAAUGAAUUACUGGAAAGCUGUUCUUCAUCGAGUUGUUGAAGUAAUUAAAUUUCUCGGUGCAAAAGGUUUAUCAUUCAGAGGUGAUAAUGAACAAUUGAUAAUGAGAGAUCAGAUAUGA